AUGUCAGACCUGUCAGAUCUAUCUUCGCCUCCUCCAUCACCUAGCAGUAAAGCAACGACUCCUGUCCACGUGACUGAUUCAAAGGAAUCAAUAGAAGCACCAGUUCCACAGAGUAUACAGAGUGUCGACCAGACUCAACCUCUUCCAGCUAAGCCAUCUUCGUCGAGGCGCAAAUAUGAUGUUCGACCAAAAGUAUCGAUACCCACAGACAUAGCACCAUAUGACUAUGCGAAUCAAUGCAUUGCCGCCGCAGAGCACUCGAGACUCAACCCAUAUGUGUUACAUCAAGAGGAGUAUCAAAUAUUACGAGAGCAUAUCAGUCAUGCACAAGUUACAACCUAUCUCAACAUCCGCAAUGGUAUUCUGAGAUUAUGGAUGAACAACCCGCGUGUAGGCGUGGCACGUGAAGAGGCCAUUGGUUGCGCCAGAGACACACGAUGGUUUGAUGUGGCAAACGUGUCCUAUGAAUGGCUGCUCCGCCGAGGCUACAUCAACUAUGGCUGUGCCCAAGUCCCUAUUUCCAAGGGACGCCGCACCAAGGGUGCCGCCCCGAGGCGGAAAGCCAAGACUAUUGUUGUCAUUGGUGCUGGUAUGUCUGGCCUGGGUUGUGCGAGACACUUGGACACCCUGGUUAAGCAGUAUACCGAUAAAUUUCAUGACCUGGGCGAAGAACCUCCCAAAGUAGUAGUCCUCGAGGGCCGAAGUCGUUUGGGUGGACGCGUCUAUUCGCGAUCUGUCAACGGUGGGGACUGCCAACGUCUAAUGGGCUUUAAGGGUCAAAGAUACAGUAUUGAAUGUGGUGGCAUGAUCAUCACUGGCUUUGAGCGAGGCAAUCCCCUCAAUGUAUUGGUCAGGGGACAGAUGGCCUUGCCGUACUAUGCACUGCGACCAGACACGACCCUGUACGAUUCAAACGGCAAACCAGUUAAUGCGAACCGAGAUCUGCAAGUCGAAAAGCUUUUCAAUGAUUGCCUAGAGCGUGUCAGCGAGUACAAGUAUAAGAACGCACCCUCGAAACUCAUUGAAGGCAAUAGGGCGCUCAUGGAUGAAGGAAGAGACAGCAGUUCCGAAGGGGCCAAGACGAUUGCCCACGUGGAGGAAGCGCUCGCAGCCCUGCCACAAGCACUACCAGUGGCAGAGCAAAACCUUGCACCUCAAGUCAAUCUCGUUCCCGUCUCUACCGACAAGGCGACGGGUAGGAUCCACGUUGAGCCGGGUGCUCCCACAACUCUCAAUGCGGCGCACAAGGCUCGGCUGAUGGGCUGGGCACUCAAGGACGGGGUUGCAGAAGACCGUGAUCUUGAGCUAGAUGCACUGGCAAAAUCUUCCGACGUUACGUUGGGAGGGCUCUUGGACGACUCGAUAUCCCAAUAUAGGGACAUUGUCGACUUGACAGCCCAAGACUAUCGACUGAUGAACUGGCAUAUUGCCAAUCUAGAAUACAGCAAUGCUACAAACCUGAAGAAUUUGAGUCUAGGCCUAUGGGACAUUGAUGCUGGCAACGAAUGGGAGGGUAAGCACACCAUGGUCGUCGGCGGCUAUCAGAGUGUGCCAUAUGGCCUAGCACACGCACCAUCAAAGCUAGAUAUCCGCAAAGAAAGCAUCGUCACAAAGGUCGCCUAUGAUGCUGAUGGCAGUGGCGCCGCCAAGGUCCAUUGCGAGGAUGGUGUCGAGAUUGACGCCGACUAUGUUGUUUCCACAAUACCGCUGGGGGUGUUGAAGCACGGUAAUAUCGAGUUCAGCCCACCUCUGCCGCCGUGGAAGACGGACGCCAUUGGCCGUCUGGGCUUUGGCAUUUUAAACAAGGUCAUCUUGGUGUACCAAGAACGUUUUUGGGACACUAGCCGUGACAUCUUUGGUGUCUUGCGAACUCCACACUCUCGCCACAGUCUCAAGCAGAGCGAUUACUCCUCUCAGCGCGGCCGCUUCUUUCAGUGGUUUGACGUCUCCAAUACCAGUGGCGUUCCGGUUCUUCUUGCCCUCAUGGCAGGUGACGCCGGUUUUGACACGGAGUAUUCCAAGAAUGACGAGCUGAUCAGAGAAGCCAGCGAGGUUCUUCGCGGUGUCUAUGGUCGAAAGGUUCCAUCACCCGUGCACGCGGUAGUCACCCGAUGGGGAUCUGACAGAUUUGCUCGUGGUUCGUACUCGUCUGCAGCUCCGUCCAUGCAGCAUGAUGACUAUGACACCAUGGCUCGUUCUGUGGGUAAUCUCUUCUUUGCUGGUGAGCACACAACGGGAACCCACCCUGCUACUGUCCACGGCGCAUAUCUAUCAGGCCUCCGCGCCGCGUCUGAAGUCAUUGAUACCAUGCUUGGACCAAUCGAGGUGCCCUCCCCACUUGUCCUGUCAAAGGAGGCUUCUUUGGCAACAUCCAUCAAUGGGCAGAAACGCAAAGCCGAGGGAGAACCUCUUUCGCCCCACACCUCCAAGCAAGCACGUAUACAAGCUCACCAGGAUGCUGCCUGGCAACACGUGUUCAGCAAGAUUGGCGAGAGACCAUGGCCGCCGCAGAAAGUAGCUGGCAACUCAUACCUGUUGUACAGCAAGGCCCAUUUCGAGGUGGCCCGCAAACGGUGUGAAGAGGGACGAAGGCUGAAUAAAGGCAGACCGAGUCCGAAUGACGUCCGUACCAUGACUAGUAAGAUGUGGAAGGAAGCUACUCCGGAGGAAAAACAGCCAUUUGAGGAGCAGGCAAGAGAACAAAAACGUGUGUAUCAAGAAAAAUUCAAACAGUGGGAGGUGGAUUCCAAGGAAUGGGACCACAAAGCCCAGGAGAUCAAGGCCCAAUGGGAAGCUGAUGGCAAUCAGCUGGUUCUUGACGACACGCCUACAGAAGAGCUUGGGAGCCAACGACGUAGAAGUCAAAAGGUCGCCAUGUACGCCGAGAGUGAUGCUAGCGACGUUGAGAUGACGGGAUAG